AAACGAUCUUGUCCUCGGAAUAAAAAGAACAAAGAAUCGCUGACAGCUUGCGCGUCGCGGCGCUGCAGCCACGCAGUGCGUGGAUUUAGCCGCUUUGGACGUGCCCGUUGCAUGCCGGGAAAUGCAGUUCGCGAGCCCCAGUUACGUCGACACCAGACGACGGGACUCACGUUGUACGUUGAGAUCAGGUCCCGCACGCCGGAGCCUGGGCGAUCCACGAUGCCGAGUUUGCCACGCUGCCACAGCCCAUAGGCUUGCCCACCGGACAUUCGGGUGGACUAGGAGCACAAACUGAAGCCCUACGACUUGUCGCCCGUUUGCGCUCUCGCGGAGGCACAGGCUGGUCGAGGACCACCCUGAUCCAAAAACUAAGAGGUAGGUGAUCGCCCAGUCAUCUGGUUACUGAUACUGGGAGGCAUCAGCUGACUGUCCACAGGUCCUUGGGCAACUGGUGUAUGAAAUGGGACGGACGUCGAAGGACAAGCGGGAUGUCUACUACCGCCUGGCCAAGGAGAAUGGCUGGCGUGCCCGCAGCGCCUUCAAACUGCUACAACUGGACAAGGAAUUCCAUCUCUUUCAAGGCGUGACACGGGCAGUUGACUUGUGCGCAGCCCCGGGCAGCUGGAGCCAAGUGCUGAGCCAGAAGAUUGGAGGCCAAGGGUCCGGCCACGUGGUGGCUGUGGACCUGCAGGCUAUGGCUCCACUACCAGGUGUAGUACAGAUCCAGGGCGACAUCACUCAGCUGUCCACUGCCAAGGAGAUCAUCCAGCACUUUAAGGGCUGCCCUGCGGACCUAGUGGUGUGUGACGGGGCUCCUGAUGUAACCGGUCUCCAUGAUGUUGACGAGUAUAUGCAGGCGCAGCUCCUCCUAGCUGCUUUGAACAUUGCUACACAUGUCCUGAAGCCAGGGGGCUGCUUUGUGGCCAAGAUAUUCCGAGGCCGGGAUGUGACGCUCCUCUAUAGCCAGCUGCGGGUCUUCUUCUCCAGCGUGCUGUGCGCCAAGCCCAGGAGCAGCCGGAACUCCAGCAUCGAGGCCUUCGCUGUCUGUCAGGGCUAUGACCCUCCCGAGGGCUUCAUGCCGGACCUGAGCAAACCCCUGCUGGACCACUCUUACGACUCAGAUUUCAACCAGCUGGAUGGUCCCACUCGCAUCAUUGUGCCUUUUGUGACCUGUGGGGACCUGAGCUCCUAUGACUCGGACCGCAGUUACCCACUGGACCUAGAGGAUGGCUCAGAGUACAAGUAUACUCCACCUACACAGCCCCCCAUUUCACCACCAUACCAGGAGGCCUGCACGUUGAAGAAGAAGGGGCAGCUGGCCAAGGAGAUCCGCCCCCAGGACUGCCCCAGCAGCAGAGUGGACACAUUUCCCCAGCCCCUGGCCGCCCCUCAGUGCCACACCCUGCUGGCCCCUGAGGUCUGGAAAUGUGACUCUGAGCCUACAUUGACCCCUUCCCCAUUUGCCUCUCUCUGACCCAAACCUCAUGGUUUCUGGGGCCAAAAUUCUCUUUCCUGCCUCCCAAUAGCUAUAAAAAAUUGGUAAAACCAAGCAUAAUGAAUGGAAAAGUUUCACCAAACAUGUGAGUCACUUUUCUUUUUCUUGGGUAGAUGGAAGACAAUGAAAUGAGUAGUUCACCUUAACCUAUUACGGUAAGUUUGCCUUGUUAUCUAAGGGUUUGAGUAAGGGCCACUUUUAUGAAAAACCUCAGUAAAAUUUCACCUUUGAAAUUUUUAUGUCAACUGAUAAGAUUUUAAUCAACAAGCCGUUUUCUAAAUAUCUGUUGUUAUAUCCUAGGAACUGCUUUGAGCAUUUUACAUUUGAGGCAUUCAGUAAACAUUUAUUGAGCACAUACUGAGUGCCAGGCAUUGUUCUGGGUUUGUAGAUACAGCAGGGAGCAAAACAAACAUCUUGGUUCUCACAGAGCUUCCAGUUUGGGAAAGAGGCAACAAUCAAUAAAACAGUCCAUGAGUGCAAGACUACAUAUACGCACACACACACUAUAUAGCUUGCAUUUCUCCAUUUACACACCUUGCAAUAUAUGUAACAUGUAAGAGUAAUAUGGGAUAUAAAAAAUAGAAAAAAGUAAAUCAGGGUGAAGAGAAUCAGGAAUUCUAGGCAUGGCAGUUUUCAUCUUUUGGUGUGUUUUUUUGGUUUUUUUUUUUU